AUGGUAGGAAGGAAAGAUGAAGGGAUGAAGGUUAUGGAAUCCCUUUUAUCCGCAGAAAACGUCCGGAGUUGUUACCUGCUGGGCCUGACAGUCUCGUAUGGGGCUUCAGAAUUCGUGAGACGGAAGCAGACGGAAUAUCUGAAUCGUUUGCUGGAAAUAGGAGUUGCUGGCUUCCGAGUUGAUGCUGCCAAGCACAUGUGGCCUGGGGGAAGAAAUAUAUUUCUUUGUUCUUUGUCUUGCUUUUCCACCCAGCCAUCCUCGAUUUUCUUCUAUAAAGGACCUGGCGGCUAUCCAAGAUCGCAUGGGGAUCAGGGAUUUCAGGCAGUUGGGGAAAUUGAUUUCGGCUGGGGAAUGUGUCAGCCUGGCAAGGCCUUCGUCUUCGUCGAAAACCACAACCAGAAGAGACACGGAGGAGCUGGUGGGGAUGCCUUUGUCGCUAUCGUCCAUAGAUCUUACAUGCUCGCCUAUCCAUAUGGCUUAAUUCGGAUCAUGAGCAGCUAUUUCUUUGAAAGCACUGAUGAAGGCUUCCCCACACGGCGAAAACUGCCGUACAACACCUUGGACGUCACCAUCAAGCCGGAUGGAAGCUGUAGAAACGGAUGGGUGAGUGAACACAGUUGGGCAACCAUCCCCCGCAUGGUACUCGAAAUGGAACUAAAGUAUUGCCUCGGAGUACUCCUCUUGGGAUUGUCGAUCUUGAAGGGGACCCAGGGUUACUUUGAUCCACAUUGCGAUGGGAAACAGGUCAUCGUUCACUUGUUUGAAUGGAAAUGGACGUCCAUUGCCGAAGAAUGCGAACGAUUCCUCAGUUCUGCCGGCUACUGCGGUGUCCAGGUGUCACCGGUGCACGAGCACGUGAUAGUGACGAGUCCAAUGCGUCCCUGGUGGGAGAGAUACCAACCAGUGAGUUACAAGCUCACAUCCAGAAGUGGAACGGACGAGGAAUUCGCGGACAUGGUCCGACGAUGUAAUGCCGUGGGUGUGAGGAUCUACGUGGAUGCAGUCCUGAACCACAUGGCUGGUCUUGGCAGAUCUGGAACUGGGACCGCUGGCUCGUCCUUCGAUUCAGAUGCUCAUGAUUUCCCAGGAGUUCCUUUCUCAAGGGGCGAUUUCACCCCUCGCGAUAUGUGCCCUUCUGGCGAUGGUGAUACCAAUUUGCUGUUCAUCGAGGACUUAGCUGCAAUUCUGAGUCAGCUGCGGACCUUGAAUCCAGAUCAUGGAUUCAAACAAGGACGCCCUCCCUUCUUUUUCCAUGAAGUCAUCGAUCGGAACGAUGGGGCUGUCACCGUCGAUGAAUACUUCCAUCUCGGGAGAGUGACGGAAUUCCGAUAUUCGCAAAAGAUCGCCUGGGGAAUCAACGACUUCGGGCAGUUGGGCGGACUUGUGGAUUUUGGCUGGGGAAUGUGUCCUUCCGACAAGGCUUUCGUCUUCGUCGACAACCACGAUAACCAAAGGGGACACGGAGGAGCUGGUGAUGUGCUCACCCAUAAAAACCCGUUCCUUUACAAGUUGGGCGUUUGCUACAUGUUGGCUCAUCCUUAUGGGUUCACCAGGGUCAUGAGCAGCUACUACUUCGAAAACACGGACGAAGGCCCCCCACACGACGAGAACUACAACACUCUUGACGUCCCGAUCAAUCCGGAUGGUAGCUGCGGCAACGAGGAUGCCAUGGAAUUCCUGUCUCUGCAAAAGGCUGGAUUCCGAAACGCCGUGCAAGGAACAGACAUGGCCAAUUACUACAACGACGGAGAAAGGGCGGCCUUCUCGCGAGGAGACAGGGGUUUCUUUGCCCUUUCCAAGUCGGGAUCCAUGAAUCAGGUCCUUCAGACGGGAAUGCCGGCGGGUACAUACUGCAACAUAAUCGACGAUUGUGCGACGCAGGUGACAGUGAAUGGGGAUGGGACAGCCCAGAUCGUGAUCACCAACUCCGAAGACCCCAUCCUGGCCAUCUGUCAAGGGUGCAAUGGAGAAACAUUCCCCACCCCUGACCCCACUGCUACGACGGAGCCGACGACCCAGGGGCCCACGGAGCCGCCUAUCACAGAUGGCACUCAUCGAACCGUGAUCUUUAUCCAGCAGCAAACCAUGGAAGGACAGGAUAUGUUCGUCCGAGGUGGAGUUGGACACGAUCAACGUCCUGGAUGCACAGAGGACGCAGCGACAAGUGCAUGUGCCAUCAGCAUGACGACCAAUUCCCUCGGAGAAACAGCACACUACAGCAAAUACAACUCCUGGAGAGAAGGGGACACCAAAUUGGACUGGUAUGGAGUGCAACCUGGACAGGGGACGUCUAAUGGGCAACCGGCAGAUGGGACUCCUCUGGCCUGGACUUCGAAUGCUCAUUAUGGGGAGCACUAUUGGAUGGUGGACACGGACAUGGAUUGCUCACAUACGGAAGGAGGAUGGUUCGAGUUGAAGGCGUACGUGACGAAUGGAGUUGGCUGGGAAACUGAUGUGAAUCAAGCAGGAAAUUGUGGAGGAUCCGCCGGUGGGUCUGCUCCUUAUUCUUCUCCAAAUCACAUGGGGAAAUGCGGAUACCUCAAUGUCUUCAAGUUUUCCAAUCCCUCUUGCACCAUUGAGAAAAUUGGCUAAGAUGACGGCGGUGGCAGCAGUUGCCUCUAAUCUGCCAAUAAAAGCUUACUGACGCU